ACGUGAUAAAAGUUACUCUUGCACCGUUAAAAUGUGGCAGCUGUCAAUAUUAUUUUUCUGAAAAUGUGUAUAAAGUAUCAUACUUACCACUAUUAAUUAUUCUUUUUAGUAGUUUGUAUCGUAAAACAAAUAGAUAAUAAGAAACUUUUCAGGAUACAAACUCUCCCUCCACGUUUUGUCUUGCGUGCUUCUAUUUUUAGAAGUUGGAAGUGUCUCAACAUCUGUUUUUUUUUCGACCGGUUUAUUUCCGUUUAUUUUUUAAUUUGACCGGUCAAGAUAAUACAGCAGGAUGGUUUUAGCAGAUUUAGGAAGAAAAAUAACGUCUGCUCUUAGAGGACUGAGCAAUGCUACUAUCAUAAAUGAAGAGGUGUUAAAUGGCAUGCUAAAAGAGAUAUGCUCAGCAUUGUUAGAGGCAGACGUAAAUGUUCGUCUUGUAAAACAGCUGAGGGAAAAUGUCAGGUCUAUCAUUGACUUUGAUGAGAUGGCUGGUGGUCUUAACAAGAGGAGAAUGAUUCAGUCAGCAGUGUACAAAGAACUUGUCAAGCUUGUUGAUCCAGGAGUGAAAGCAUGGCAGCCAACAAAAGGCAGAAACAAUGUCAUUAUGUUUGUAGGUCUUCAAGGAAGUGGUAAAACAACUACAUGUACAAAGCUUGCCUACUACUACCAGAAGAAAGGCUGGAAAACUUGUUUGAUUUGUGCGGAUACUUUCCGUGCAGGAGCUUUUGAUCAGCUGAAACAGAAUGCAACAAAAGCUAGAAUACCCUAUUAUGGAAGCUACACAGAAAUAGAUCCAGUAGAGAUAGCAAAAGAUGGUGUAGACAAAUUCAAGUCGGAGAAUUUUGAGAUUAUAAUUGUAGACACUAGUGGACGUCACAAGCAGGAAGAUUCUUUAUUUGAGGAAAUGUUGCAAGUUUAUAAUACUGUUAACCCGGACAAUGUUAUAUUUGUCAUGGAUGCGUCUAUAGGACAAGCUUGUGAGGCUCAAGCCAAGGCGUUCAAGGAGAAAGUUGAUGUAGGUUCUGUUAUCAUUACAAAGUUAGACAGUCAUGCUAAAGGUGGUGGAGCACUGAGCGCUGUGGCAGCUACAAAAAGUCCUGUGAUAUUUAUAGGAACAGGAGAGCAUACAGAUGAUUUUGAACCCUUUAAAGUGCAACCUUUUGUUAGCAAACUUCUGGGUAUGGGAGAUAUUGAAGGGCUUAUUGACAAAGUGAACGAACUGAAGUUAGAUGAUAAUGAAGAGUUGAUGAAGAAAAUCAAACAAGGUCAUUUCACAUUGCGAGACAUGUAUGAGCAGUUUCAAAACAUCAUGAAGAUGGGACCAUUUGGUCAGAUUAUGAACAUGAUUCCUGGCUUCAGCUCAGAUUUCCUUACUAAAGGAGGGGAACAAGAAUCUAUGGCAAGAUUAAAGAAACUCAUGACCAUCAUGGACAGCAUGAGCGAUGAAGAACUGGACAGUUUGGAUGGUGAGAGAUUGUUCACAAAGCAAGCUGGACGCACACAGCGUGUGGCACGAGGCGCAGGCGUCUCCGUGAGAGAAGUGAAUGAAUUACUCACACAAUACAAGAAGUUUGCUCAGAUGGUGAAAAAGAUGGGAGGAAUCAAGGGGCUGUUCAAGGGUGGUGAUAUGAGUAAAAAUGUCAAUCCAGCUCAGAUGGCCAAAUUGAACACACAGAUGGCCAAAAUGAUGGAUCCAAGAGUAUUACAUCAAAUGGGAGGUAUGCAGGGCCUACAGAACAUGAUGAGGCAGUUCCAGCAAGGAGCAGGUGGCAAAGGAGGGGGUGGCAUGGGAAAUAUGUUUAACUUUACUGACAGAUAGAAUUUCACCAUUUAUAUCAUUGAAAAUGAUGAUAGUACAGAUAUAAUAGGAAGUUUGUGUAGAAUGACUGUUAGAUGAAUUCACUCUUGUUUGAUAUGAAAACAUUUGUCAAAUUGUCUAAAAGAAAAAUGAGAAGUGCUACAGUAAGUAUUGGAUAAGAACUAAUCAAAGACUUGAAUUUUCGUUUUUUGAAAUAAAUGAAUAUGGUGUAAGGUAAAGUGUGUACUUGUAUCUCUCAACAAUUUGAAGAAAAUAAGUAAAUUAAUUGUAAUGACUUCAACAUGCAUAGGUUUAAUCUAAGCUUUGACUCAUUUGGACUCAAGCUAGAGUAAAUUUAAAGUAUGAUAGUGAAAACAGUCUCUUAAUAAAUUAAAUACUUAAUUAAUACUACAAUAUUCAGAAACAUAUUUGAAUCCUUGUUAAUUUCAACUUUUGAAAACACGAACAUGGGCAAGCCAUUGUUAUCUUUUUUGUGAAUAUUUAUAAUUGUGUAUUUUUCUCCUUGAAUUAUGCAGAUGUCUGUUUGUGUAAGUUUUUAUUAUUGUUUAUAAUUGAAUCUUUUGUCAGUUAGAAAUUGACAUUCAUGUGGAAUCUUUUGACAAUUAGAAAUUGACAUUUAUGUUAAUGCUUUCCAGUGCAUAUUGUAUGAAGUUUUGCUUGUAUGUUUAAAUAUCUUAUACUUCAAUCAUAAGGUACAAAGCUUAUUUUCACAGAAUAUUGUUUAUUAUCUUCUUAUAUGUACAGAUUUGUAAAAUCCCAUGGUAUUUGAUAUUACAAGUGCUCUGAUGAAGGACAAGAGUUAAUGUUCUAAAAUAUAAAAUUAGAAAGUGUUAUAGUGUUAAAUAGUGACAACAUGCUGUUAAAUUUGAUAUGACAAUAUUAACAAACUGUCAUCUUUGUGCAGUGCGGGCUAACUCUUAUUUAAUUUUAAAGGAGUUAACACCUUACUGAACUAAGACAAAGAUAACACUUGGGUUUGCAUUUUGAGAGUUUGGUGCAGUAAUUCUUCAUGAAACAAGACUAACAUACUUUGUAAG